AUGUCAGCAAUUCCAGUAUAUGUUCCGACUUUGCAAGCUGAUAAAAAUGAUAUUCAAGAAUUUGUCCGUUUUAUUUAUAAACAUCAACAACUUCUAAAAGAAUAUGGCGCAAUUAAAAUCCAGCUAAACAUCGAUUGUAAUUUAGCUUUGAAGAAACGACGAACGAAUCUAUUGACACCUCCAGUUUCUACAUAUAUUACAAAAAUAAAUAAGGAUUAUCCUAUCUAUUCCGUAGAAAGAAAUGAUAACAAUGUUGAAUCAAUUGAACAAAAUUCUUUAGUACAUGAUGAAGCUGAUUUUUGGACAUCAUUAUCUCGUCUAAACAACAAACAACGUCAAUUGAAUACUUCAUUAAUGCCAAAUACGAGUUUGUUUCUUGAAAAACAAUCUCAUACACGAUUUGAUAUUCAUCGUGUACCAGGUCAAUCACUUCUCAAAUUAGCUGGAAGAGGUGUAGUACAAAAAUAUACUCCAUGUUUGAAAAGAGCUCAUGGACCUGGUGCAAUUUUUCCAUUAACAUGUACUCAACAGCAUCUCUUUUCACUUGACUACCAUCAUGAAGGUGGUGCUCAUUUUUGGUACAUCAUUCCUCAUAGUGAACGAAGAGCUCUACAAACAUUACUAGAUAAACAAAAUAUAUCUGCUUGUCUAGAUCAUGGAAAAAUAUUUAUUGAUCCUUCAAUAUUAGAAAAAUAUUAUAUUCGUUAUCAUCGAAUUACUCAAAGUCCAAAUGAAUUCGUAGUACUAUCAGCUGGGACUUUAUCACAAUGCUUUACAAUGCAUGCUAGUUAUAGUGAAUCCAUUGCCUUUGCUUUACCAAGCUGGAUCGAAGAAGGUCAUGCAAGUAUUUCUACUGCAUCAUGUCGAUGUGAUAUUCCUCAUGAUUCUUUAUCAAUAACAUGUGAUCUUAAUUUAUUUCUUCGUGAUCUCAUAGAAGAAUAUAUUACUUCGAAUCUUGAUAAUGUUAUUAAUGAUGCCUUUGAUAUAGUCACAAAUUAUGAUACACCUAUGACUGCAAUGUCAACACCAUGCAAUCUUGACCACAAUUCAUUACAUGAUGAACCUAUGAUAUCAAGAAAUAUGAAAGUCACCGUACCACCACAACGGAGUCUACCGUCUUACCAUUUAUUAUCAUCUUCAUUAAUAGCAUCACCUGACAGCAACUACUCUUUUGAAGAUAGUACAAAUAUAGCCGAUGAUAAUAAUGAUCAACUUCGACUUGAAUUAUUUCAGGAAGAUAGUCUUUUGAAUACAUGUGAUCUAUUCGCAUCUGAUCUACUACUCACGGAUUCAUAUUCAAAUAAUCGUCUACCUGAAAUAAAUACAGUAACAAAUACACUUGAUCAAAAUUCUGAUGUACCUACAAAUAUUCAUGAAAACCUUACGAUAGACUCGUACGGAAACAACUAUGAUUUUUCAUGGGAAGAACUAAUGAAUUUACUACCAUUAGAUGUGGAUUCUGUUGAAACAACAUUUAAUCAAACUGACGAAUGUAACAAUAGGAAUAUACAAUCAUCAUCAUUCAAUACAUGCAAGACAAAUGUUACUAAACAAAGCUGCAAUAAAAGACAACAACUACAUGAAAAACUGUUAGAUGCUCGUAAAGUACUCUAUGUCUCAGGAUUAAGACGCGACGUGACUAAACACGAUAUAUACACUCACUUCAUUGGCUGUUCGAAAGUGACAUUAAAAGAAUAUCACUCUGUAUCACAUCUUAAAUAUGCGUUUGUUGUUCACAAGAAGCCUAAACAUGCCGAAAUCAAUCUUCAUCGACCUAUUAAUUACAAGCAUCUUGGUCCUCAAUGUCGUGUUGAGUAUGCUCAUGACUGUUCCACUCGUAUCGGUAGCAAUCAAACUUUCGACAACAAGAAAAUCUUAGUUCGUGGUAUACCACAACAUGUUAAUGUGGGAGAUUUGCGUCGUUUGUUUGGUAAUUGUUAUAUCAUAAAAUAUUGUCCAGCCAUUGUUUGCCGACGAAGAAUGGAAACAACAACGAAAAGCAAUGACAAGGUUUUACUAGGGUACGCUUAUAUUCAAUUGGAUGAUGAACGACAAACAAAUUAUAUUAUUGAAAAUGCUAAUCAAUAUCAGAUGUGUGGUCAAUCGUUAAAAAUUUGUUCAUAUCGUAAUUAA